AUGACGACAUGGAUUCUCACAAUUCUCCUAACAGUCGCCAUCAGCGUAUCAAUUUGGCUCUACAACGACAAUACCAAAUGCGCGAAACUUCCAACCCUGCGCAAAAAGCGCAUCUGUCUACUAAUCGCCCACCCAGAUGACGAAGCCAUGUUCUUUUCGCCAACGUUACUCGCCCUCACACAACCAUCUCUUGGUAACCAUGUCAAGAUUCUAUGUUUAAGUAGUGGUGAUAGUGAAGGACUCGGCGCCACGAGGAAAAAAGAAAUAGCAAAGAGCGGUAUAGCACUCGGAUUAAGGACGGAAGAUGACGUAUUUGUGAUUGAAAGCGCGGAAUUUCCGGAUUCCAUCAAAAUCCAUUGGAAUCAAAAGAGUGUUGUGAAACUUCUCUUCUCGGCUUUUGCAUCUCACCUCGAGACAUCUGACGGUACUUCUAAUCCUGUAUCUACCGCCACGAUAGAUGUUCUCAUCACGUUUGACUCGGGUGGAAUCUCUGGACAUCCAAAUCAUAUUUCCCUCUUCCAUGGUGCAAGAAAGUUUAUAACUUUGCUAUCUCAAUUUGAACUGCAGAAUCCCGUACACCUUUACACCCUGACUUCAGUGUCAUUUCUACGAAAAUAUACAGCAUUUCUAGAUGCUAUUGUGAGCAUCAUCAUGAUGAAAUUCUCUGGGCAAAAUUUUGGAAAAACUACAAGCAAACUUUUAUUUCUCAACAAGCCAACUAAUAUAAUACGUGCGCAGAGAGCCAUGAGUAGCUGCCAUAAAAGCCAAAUGAAGUGGUAUAGAUGGGGAUGGAUAAUAUGGUCUAGGUAUAUGAUAGUUAAUGACCUGCGUUUGGAACUUCACACGGACAACUGUAAUGAAGGGUCACACUGA